AUGUGCAUCGUCCUCCUCACCACCGCCCACCCGGACUACGCCCUCAUCGUCAUCGACAACCGCGACGAGUUCAUCCUGCGUCCCACCUCCCGGCCGCACUGGUGGACCCAUCCCUCGGGCGCCGCCGUCCUCUCCGCCCGCGACCUCCAGCGCGAGGAGAAGGGCACCUGGCUCGGCGUCACCAAGACCGGCCACCUCGCCGUGCUCACAAACUACCGCGAGACCGAUCUCGGCGACGCCACCCACCCCAUCCACGCCGCCCGCAGCCGCGGCGGCAUGACCAACCACUGGCUCGGCUCCGACCCCGCCGAGCCCGCCCCGGCCUCCGUCGCCGACCUCGUCAAGGACGGCGGCGUCAAGGGCGUCGGCGGCUUCUCCAUGGUCGCCGGCAAGCUGAAGCGCAAGCGCGGCGAGGAUGAGAAGCCCGCGCGCGCGCUCGAGGGGAUCGCUAUUGUGUCGAACCGCUGCGACCAGCUGGAGGACGUGCCGUGGAUCGCGGAGAAGCGGGGCGAGGUGUACGGGCUCAGCAACACGGUGUACAACGACCCCAAGCCGUGGCCGAAGGUGGAGCUCGGGAAAAAGCUCGUCAAGGAGGCGGUUCAAGAGGCGGUCGACAAGAAUCUGGACGAGGAUGCCCUGGCCGAGCGUCUUCUUUCUGUGCUCGACACCGACACGCUGCCCAAGCAUCCGGAUAUGAGCCUGGCGGAUUACAUCAAGGAGCUGAAGCAGAGCAUCUUCGUGCCUGCCAUCGGCGAUGAGAGCCACCGCAAAGCGAUGGCGGACGCGGUAGCGAGGGGACCGGGGCAUUUCGCAACGGAUGACCAGAAGGCAGCCGAGAGUUUGCAGCUGGGCGAGCGGCCUGACCCGCCGACGAAGCCUAACCUUGGCUUCGAGGUAGGGCUGUACGGCACGCAGCGACAGACCGUCAUUAUGGUCGACUGGGACGGCAAUGUGUCGUAUCGGGAAAGAGCGCUGUGGGACGGCAACGGCAACCCCAUCGAAAGGGGAAAGGGCGACGAGGUUUUCCGCUUCAAGAUUGAGGGAUGGGAGAGCUAG